UAAAUAUGAUUGGAAGUAAGAAAACGAAGAAGGCGAACGUGUUUAAGGAGAUAGCGGAUAACUUCGAGCAGCUGACCAAGAAUCCGGAGCGUUUCCUCAAGCCGCAGCCGGAACAAUUGGAGGCCAUCGAGCAGCUAAUCCAGCAGACCUACGCCGUGAGCAUCAGCGGGGAUGUGGCCAACAAGAAGGCCCUGCUGCCGGAAUUGGUGCUGGACCAAAUGGACGAGGAGCAGAUCUGGCAGCAGCUGGAGAUGCGCAACGAACUGGUGUUCCAACAGCUGCUGGAGCAAACUGCCCAGUUGACGGCCAUGCGGGAGCAGCACCUGGGCAUCGAACUGGACGACGGCGAGGAGGAGGAGCUGGGGGAUGAGGACGAGGAUCAGGAGGCCGAAGAUUCAGCUGAAGAUGAACAAGAACAGGAAUCAGAAUUCAGCGAAGAGGAUGAAGGACAACAAAAGCAAAAGACCACAUCUCCCAAGGAUAAGAAGACCAAGCGAGGGCGCAAAUCCAUCGUGGACGACACCUUCUUCAAGCUGGACGAGAUGAACGAUUUCCUGGAGCAGGAGGACGCCAAGGAGAUGCGCCGGCUGAACAGCAAGCGUCGCGUGGAGCAGGCCGACGACAUAGAUCACUAUGCAGAGGAUUUCGGAUUGGGCGAGGAUGAGGAUGAGAAUGUCAACUAUGCGGACUUCUUCGACAUGGACGAGGAACUGGAGCAGCAUGCUAAAAAGCUAAGCAAAGGCAAGCAGAAGGAUUUCUUUGAUGGAAACGAAAGUGAGAGUGAGCAGGAAGAAGGUGAAGAGCCCGAGGAAGCCGAGUCAGAUCAGAACGAAGAAGAGGCUGGAGAGGAUCUAGAAGAGGCGGCCAGCGAAAUAGAUGAAUCCGAAUUUGUGGCCAAGAGUGGCAUUGAACCAGCCAGCGAUUCAGAAUCGGAUAAAGAGGAAGAUGAAGAUGAGGAGGAGCAGGAGCAGGAGGAACCUGCAGAGCUACCCUCCCAAUCCUCCAAUGAGAUGAGAGAGGCUCGCCUGUUCCAACGCAUCCGCGACUACGAAGACGUUGUCCUGGGCGAGAAGCCCUGGCAGCUGAAGGGCGAGGUUAAGGCGGCCAACAGGCCGCAGAACUCGCUGCUCGAGGAGAUUCUCGACUUUGACUCGACCACCAGACCCGCGGCGCCCAUUACAGAGGAGGAUAAUCGCUCCAUCGAGGACAUCAUCAAGCAGCGCAUUCGCGACAAGGCCUGGGACGACGUGGAACGCACAGUGCGACCUGUAAACACGCCACAGGAAUACCGCAAGCAGCUUGUUCUGGACCAGGAAAAGUCCAAGCAGUCCCUGUCGCAGAUCUACGAGGCGCAGUACCAGCGCGAGAUGGAUAAACUCAACCCCAAUGGCGAUGCCGAUGACAAAACUGGCCCCGAACCCAAGGAGCACCAGGAAAUCAAGAAGGCAAUGCGCUCGCUCUUCCUCAAACUGGACGCUCUGUCCAACUUCCACUUUACUCCCAAACCGGUGGCGCCAGAGGUCAAGAUUGUGACCAACACGCCGGCCGUUCACAUGGAAGAGGUGGCUCCGUUGGCCGUGAGCGAUGCCAAGUUGCUGGCACCCGAGGAAGUGUUCCGUGGACCCAAGCACGCUCCUCUGGGCAAGACAGAACGCGACCGGACGGACAAGAACCGCGAGCGCCGCAAGAAGAAGCAGAAGCAGCGGGCCAUCAACUCGGCUCUGGAGCAGCGCGAUCUUCAGCGCGCCAAGGAGGGCAAGGCGCCCACGAAGAAGGAGGCGGAUGCCAAGCUGCUAAAGUCCAUCACCAAGAAUCGCAAUGUUGAGAAGAUCAACGCGAACAGCGACGACAAGGGUGCUCUGAAGUCCUCGAAGGCGUUCUUCAACAAAUUGCAGGACACCACGGCGGCCACAGCAUCCAACAAGCGUCCGAAAAAGGAUCCCGCCAAGGCGAAUGCCAAGAAGCUAAAGCUUUAAAUGUACAUUUUAAGACUCCUCCAACUGGUAAUUGCCUUCAGCCAACCAAGUUUCUCGUCUCCAGUCACGUGCCAGAAAAUGGGCAUAAGCACACAUAGGAUUCCUGGUUGCAAGAAUAACUUUUGCGGGUCCUGCGAGUCUAGGGAGUCCUCAAUUUGGGGCUCCAUGGGAGCUGCCAUGCGCCGGCACUUUUAAUGUUCCAUGUGCCAGUGUCCUGCGUGUGCGUAUGUGGUGUGUGGGCGAUUUGCGAUUUGCGUGUGGCUGUGUGUGAGUCAAGGACAUUCGGUGGCCUGGUGUGGCGAUUAGGCACGCGUGUCGUGUGCGGAAUAUGACUAUUUUUAGAAUUAUUUACUUAAAAUAAACUGUUUGCUAUGUAAAUAGAUCCCUAAUUAAAGGAAGCUGCAAAGUUCGCAACUUAAAAUACUUUCUUAUAUUUCUUUAAA